AUGGCUCGCUCAACUCUUACGAUGCCGAGCUUCAGCUCCCUGCUCACCCUCUUGGCCUUUGCCGCCUGGCUGGUCCCCGUCAAUGCCCUGUACUUCUACAUGGAGGGCAACGGCCAAAAGUGCUUCUUCGAGGAGCUACCCAAGGAUACGCUGGUCGUUGGCCACUACAAUGCCGAACAGUGGGACGAAGGCUUGCGCGCCUACACGCCGAACAACAACGUGCAGAUCUAUAUCAGUGUUGAGGAAGUCUUCGAUAACGACCACCGCGUCGUCUCGCAGCGUGGCGCUUCGAUCAAGGGCAAAUUCACCUUCUCCGCUGCCGACUCCGGCGAGCACCGCAUCUGCUUUUCUCCAAUUGGAGCCGCCACUCACUCCGGCUGGCUUUCCGGCGGCCAGCAGGCCGGCAGCAUCCGCUUCGACCUCGACCUCGCCAUCGGAGAGACGAGCAAGAUCGAGAGCGAUGAUAAGGACAAGAUGCAAGACCUACAGCAGAAAGUCAGGGACCUGAACGCUAGGCUGCAGGAUAUUCGCCGCGAGCAGGUUUUCCAGAGGGAGCGGGAAGCGGAAUUUAGGGACCAGUCCGAAUCCACCAACGCGAAGGUUGUCCGCUGGACGUUGAUCCAAGUCGCGGUGCUUGGCGUGACCUGCGCCUGGCAGUUGUCGCAUCUUCGCGCUUUCUUCAUCAAGCAGAAGCUGACUUGA